AUGGAUGAUCUCAAAUUAUUUGCGCCUAAUAGGUCCAGGUUAACGGAGCUGCUAAAGAUCACGUGUGAUUUUAGCGGCUCCAUUGGCAUGGAACUUGGGGUGGAUAAGUGUGCGGUUAUACAUGUGGAGCGGGGUAAAGUAACCGCGUCUGAUGACAUAACACCAUCUGGCGCGGCCCAUCUUAGAGUACUUACAGAGGCUGAAACUUACCGGUACUUGGGUAUGUCACAGAACAUAUGUGUGGAGGGGGCGAGCGUGAAACAGGAUGUUGCCGAGGUAUUUUGUGAACGCAUGACAAAAGUUUUCAACAGCUAUUUGUCAGGCGUGAACAAAAUACGAGCGUUCAAUACCUGGGUCAUGCCCGUUCUCCUGUACACAUUUGGCGUACUCAAGUGGACUCAGACCGAACUGAACGCCCUGGAUCGGAAAGUCCGCACAACUAUGACUCUGCAUCGGUUGCAUCACCCGAAAUCGUCAGUGAUGAGGCUGUAUAUCCCUAGAAAGUGCGGUGGUCGUGGCAUGUUAAGUGCCCAAUCGCUGCACAAUCGUGAGAUAUGCAAACUCAGAGACUAUUUCCUCGCAAUGGUUGGUCAUGCAAUCCAUGCUGAAGUCAUAGAAUGUGACAAAGGACUCACUCCCCUAUCCCUGGCCAAACAGGACUGGCAAAAGCCGGUGGUGCUCAGCAUUUCCGACAGGGAGGCCAUAUGGAAAGAGAAAGAGCUACACGGUAGGUUUCACAGGAUUCUGCAUGAACCUCAUGUAGAUUUCUUGUCCUCCGUGCACUGGCUGCGUUUCGGUGACCUCUUUGGGGAAACCGAGGGUUUUGUCUGUGCGAUACAGGAUCAGGUGGUUAAGACGAACAAUUAUCGGAAGUACAUCAUAAAGGACGGGACCCAGGACUUAUGUCGUAUGUGUCACCGUCCUGGAGAAACUCUCCGACAUGUUACUUCCGGUUGUUCCAUGCUUGCCAACACUGAGUAUUUGCACAGGCACAACCUAGCAGCUAGGAUUAUCCACCAAGAGCUCGCUCUGAAGUAUGGCCUUCUUGACGGAAAAGUGCCUUAUUACAAGUACGCGCCGGAGCCGGUCCUGGAAAAUAACCGUGCCAAAUUGUACUGGGAUCGGCCCAUCGUCACAGACAGGACUAUUCUAGCAAAUAGACCUGAUAUUGUGGUGAUGGACCUAGCAACUUCCAGGAUUUUCUUGGUAGACAUCACUAUCCCACAUGACGACAAUCUUGUUAAGGCCGAUUCAGAUAAACGGCUCAAAUAUCUGGAUCUGGCGCAUGAGGUAGUCGAGAUGUGGGGCGGUGUGUCUGCCGAGAUAAUCCCCAUAGUUGUGUCCACCAAUGGGCUGGUUCCUACCUCCUUAAAACAAUAUUUAAGGAGGUUGGAUUUACCGGUGAAGCCCAUGACAGUGGGGAUACAGCGGGCAGUCUUGCUGGACAACGCUCGGAUAGUCCGUAGGUUCCUCACUCAGUCGCCCUAG